AUGCAUCCAAGAAGCGCGGCCACGGUGCGGCUCUGCCUUGUAUGCCUCGCUCUCCUGCUGCUGACCCGAGAUGUCCACUCCAGAAAUUUCGUAGGGGCCGUGGUGCAGCAGGAGAAGCACAAGCAGAGCCAUGGCGGCCACGGCGCAGCCACCCUGGAACCGCCCGUUGAGGAAGGGAGCAACGCAGGUGCCAAGAGGGGACAGCUGCAGCGUGAUCCCACGAAAUGGGAGGAGAUCCACACGGAUUACAUCUACACCCAAGACGUCAAACACCCGUGA